AUGGCGAUGGCGUCGCCGGGCCCGCCGGCCCGCUCGCAGCUGCUUCCCGCGGCGUCCGGGCCCCGGAGGAAGCGCGCAGCCAGCGAGGCUGGGGCUGCGACGGGCCGGCAGCGGGUCCUGGACGAAGAGGAGUACAUUGAGGGCCUCCAGACGGUCAUCCAGAGGGACUUCUUUCCCGACGUGGAGAAGCUGCAGGCACAGAAGGAGUACCUGGAGGCCGAGGAGAAUGGAGACCUGGAGCGGAUGCGCCAAAUUGCCAUCAAGUUCGGCUCCGCCCUGGGCAAGGCCUCCCGAGAGCCCCCGCCACCCUAUGUCACGCCAGCCACGUUUGAAACCCCUGAGCUGCACACAGGCCCCAGCAUGGUGGGCGGCAAGGCCAGGGCUCGGGGCCGUGGCCUGGAGGACGGUGAUGGAGAGGCUGCGGAAGAGGCGGCAGCGGAGCCCCUGCCCAGCCUGGACGUUUUCCUGAGCCGGUACACCAGUGAGGACAACGCCUCCUUCCGGGAGAUCAUGGAGGUGGCCAAGGAGAGGGGCCGGGCGCGCCACGCGUGGCUCUACCAGGCCGAGGAGGAGUUUGAGAAGAGACAGAAGGACAGUCUCGCCCUCCCGUCGGCCGAGCAGCAGGCGGUUGAGAGCAGCCAGGCCGGAGUGGAGACCUGGAAGUACAAGGCCAAGAACUCCCUCAUGUACUACCCGGAGGGCGUCCCCGAUGAGGAGCAGCUGUUCAAGAAGCCGCGGCAGGUGGUGCAUAAGAACACCCGCUUCCUCAGGGAUCCCUUCAGCCAGGCCCUCAGCAGGUCGCAGCUGCAGCAGGCAGCCGCCCUCAACGCGCAGCACAAACAGGGCAAGGUGGGUCCGGACGGCAAGGAGCUCAUCCCUCACGAGUCCCCCCGAGUGGGCGGCUUCGGAUUCGUCGCCACGCCUUCUCCCGCCCCUGGUGUGAACGAGUCCCCGCUGAUGACCUGGGGGGAAGUCGAGAACACGCCCUUGAGGGUGGAAGGGUCAGACACGCCCUACGUGGACAGGACGCCGGGGCCGGCCUUCAAGAUCCUGGAGCCAGGCCGCAGGGAGCGGCUGGGCCUGAAGAUGGCCAAUGAGGCCGCCGCCAAGAACCGGGCCAAGAAGCAGGAGGCCCUGCGGAGGGUGACGGAGAACCUGGCCAGCCUCACCCCCAAGGGCCUGAGCCCUGCCAUGUCCCCAGCCCUGCAGCGCCUGGUGAGCAGGACGGCCAGCAAGUACACGGACCGAGCCCUGCGGGCCAGCUACACCCCAUCCCCCGCCCGCGCCAGCCACCUCAAAACCCCGGCCAGCGGGCCCCAGACCCCGACGAGCACACCAGCCCCCGGCUCGGCGACACGCACCCCGCUCAGCCAGGACCCAGCCUGCAUCACGGACAACUUGCUACAGCUCCCCGCCCGGCGCAAGGCCUCAGACUUCUUCUAAGGCUGGGCCCGGAGCUCCACAGAACCUGCAGGGCAGCUCUCCGCCCAGCACGGGACUCCGGCUUUCCGGGGUGCUGGGCCUGCCCGGCCGACACCCUGUUCUGUAGAACCCUGCCCGUCUACC